AUGCCGUUGCAGACGGAGAUCCUGCGUGAGGUCUGGGCUGCGGACAGUCCCAGUGAGGAGCCAGGGAGCCCCCAGCAGCAGAAGCCCAAACAGAAGCUGAAGAAAAAGAGGCAGGAACCUGGGCUAGAGCCUGAGGCCAAGCCAAGGCGGCUGCGGGUGAAGAAGCCGGGCGAGGGGGCUGUCGAGGAGCCACAUGCCCCAGCACAGGGGGUGAAGAAGCUGAGGAAGAAAAAGGAGGAGAAGGGAGAGGAAGAGAGCGACAAGGAUGCCUAUUCCAAAUCCACCAGGGAGCCUCGGAAGAAAAAGGGAAAUCCAACACCUCGCUCCCAUGUGGCCAAGGGCCCCAAGAAGCAGCAAGAGCUGGCUGAGGACGAGGAGGAUGAGGAAGAGGAAGAAGAGGUGGAGAAUAAAGACCUGCCAAAAAAGCUCAAAAAGAAGCUUCCUAAAGACCCUCCCUCAGGAGAGAGCCGGGAGAAGAAGCUGAAGCCGAAGGGAGACAAGAGUGACUCUGACAGCAAAGCCAAAUCUACCAAAAGCACCAAGAAGGAGCAAAUGUCCGUGUUUCAGGUGAAGAAGGAGAAGAAGAGCAAGAAGAAAGUCACCACCAGCAGUGAUGAGGAGGAUGAUUCCGACUCCAGCACCAAACCCAUCAGGUCAGAGAAGAAGAAAAACCCGGCGUCCCUCUUCCAGACUGGUGGGGACCCCCCCAAGGAGAAAAAAUCCAAAAAGAAAGUUCCUCCCAAAGGGGCUGAGAGUGAGGAGGAGAUCCUGGAAACCCUGCAGAAAAACUCCAACAAGAAGGGGAAAGCAAAGAAAUCAAAGAAGCAGCUGAAGGAGGAGAGGCCCCCAUCUCCUGUCAUUGAGGUGGACAACCUGGAGGAGUUUGUGCUGCAGCCGGCGCCGCAGGGGGUGACCAUCAAGUGCCGGGUGACACGGGACAAGAAGGGGAUGGACCGGGGGCUUUACCCCACCUAUUACCUUCAUUUGGAUAAUGACAAGAAGGUGUUCCUCCUUGCCGGGAGGAAGCGUAAGAAGAGCAAAACCUCCAACUACCUCAUCUCCAUCGACCCCACUGACCUGUCACGAGGGGGAGAGAACUUCAUCGGGAAGCUGAGAUCCAACUUGAUGGGUACGAGGUUCACAGUGUUCGACAAUGGUGCAAACCCCGACAGAGCCAAUGCUGACUGGUCCAAUGUACGGCAGGAGCUUUCGGCCGUGGUCUAUGAGACCAAUGUUUUAGGCUUCAAAGGUCCCCGGAAGAUGACAGUCAUCAUCCCUGGGAUGAAUGCUGACGGUGAGAGGGUGCCCAUCCGUCCCCGAAACGAUAAUGACGGCCUCCUGAUGCGAUGGCAGAACAGAAACAUGGAUAAUGUAAUUGAGCUGCACAACAAGGCACCAGUGUGGAACGACGAGACCCAAUCCUAUGUCCUCAACUUCCACGGCCGGGUCACCCAUGCCUCUGUCAAAAAUUUCCAGAUUGUUCAUGGCAGUGACCCCGACUACAUCGUGAUGCAGUUUGGGCGUGUGGCGGAUGACGCCUUCACCAUGGACUACAACUACCCUCUCUGUGCCGUGCAGGCCUUUGCCAUCGCCCUCUCCAGCUUCGACGGGAAGCUGGCCUGCGAGUAG